UUUUUCUGUUUACCGAUAGGGACACCACUUUCGAAGUGAGCAUUGGAAAAUUUCACUUGCAUUGUGAAUGACACUUCACGUGUGAUUACUUGAGAAAUCAUAUGCCAAUACACAAAAUUAAAGUGAAGCUUCAAACUUGUGCAUUUUGGAACAUCUCGUCGAUUUGUAGCAAUUUUUAUAUUUUGAACUAAAUUUGUACAACUCGACAAAUCGCGAUGGGAGUUCCAGCAUUUUUUCGCUGGUUAAGUAGAAAAUAUCCAAGCGUUAUUAUCGAAUGUGUUGAAAAUAAGAUUGAAGGACCUGAUGGAAAAUGGGUUCCGGAAGAUGCAUCACUGCCAAAUCCUAAUGGAAUCGAAUUUGAUAAUCUUUAUCUUGACAUGAACGGUAUCAUUCAUCCGUGUACACAUCCUGAAGACAAACCGGCACCGAAAAAUGAAGACGAAAUGAUGGUGGCCAUCUUCGAGUGCAUCGAUCGACUAUUCAACAUUGUUCGACCACGCAAAGUUUUGUACAUGGCCAUUGACGGAGUUGCACCACGUGCUAAAAUGAAUCAACAAAGAUCUCGUCGUUUUCGAGCUUCAAAAGAAACAGCAGAAAAACAAUUGGAAGUUUCACGGAUAAAAGAGAAAUUACUUUCGGUAGGUGCCAUUGUGCCACCAGAGAAGCCAAAGGGUGAACACUUUGAUUCGAAUUGUAUUACUCCUGGUACUCCGUUCAUGGAUCGAUUGAGCAAGUGCCUACACUACUACGUUCACGAUCGUUUGAAUAAUAAUCCGGCCUGGAAAGGAUUGAAAGUGUUUUUGUCCGAUGCUAGUGUGCCGGGCGAAGGUGAACACAAGAUUAUGGAUUUCAUUCGACGACAACGUGGUCAACCAAAUCACGAUCCAAACACACAACAUGUGCUGUGUGGUGCUGAUGCUGAUUUGAUUAUGCUUGGAUUAGCUACACAUGAACCAAACUUUACGAUUAUUCGUGAAGAGUUUUUGCCCAACAAACCAAGGCCAUGCGAAGUGUGUGGUUCGACCAGCCAUGAGAUGAGCAGCUGUGAAGGUUUGAUGCCGGCCACAAUGAAUGAAACGGCAGCAGCAGCCGCAUCCGAGGUGAAAUUCAUUUUUGUUCGUUUGUCGGUGCUCAAAGAGUAUUUGAGGAGAACAUUGCAAAUGCCGAAUUUACCGUUUCAAUAUGAUUUUGAGCGUGUGCUUGACGAUUGGGUGUUCUUAUGUUUCUUUGUUGGUAACGAUUUUCUGCCACAUUUACCGAGUUUGGAAAUUCGAGAAGGAGCCAUUGAUCGUUUAAUCAACUUAUACAAGAAUUGUGUAUACAAAACCAGUGGCUAUUUGACGAAUUCAGGCGAAGUCAAUUUGGAGCGUGUUCAAAUGAUUUUACGUGACCUUGGAAUGGUUGAAGACGACAUUUUUACACAACGACAAAAGCGUGAGAUUCAAUUCCGUGAACGUAACAAAGCCAAUAAGAAACGAAAACCAGACACACCAAACUUUCAAAACAUGCACAAUUCGCAAUUUGCACCGACACAAUUGGGCAAAGGCAUCAAACCGCAAUCAAUUUCGAAUAUUCGAAAUGAAAUCGCAAACAUUCGUCGACAAGAUUUGCAAAACGAUCAAAAAUCCGAAUUGGAAAAGUUUCUGGAGCCAAAUGAUGGCAGCGCUUCACAGGCGGCAAAACCAUCGGGCAGUCGAAAACGAAAGCAUGACGAUGCUGAGGAUAAUGAGGGUGCCGACGAAACCACCAAAUUGGAAGCAGAAGAGGCCGAGGAGGAAGAUCCUGACGCAAAUGAUGAGGUACGCUUGUGGGAAGCGGGCUUCAAAGAUCGAUACUAUGAAUCGAAAUUCGAUGUGGGACCAGAUAACUUGCAGUUCCGUUAUUCCGUCGCAUUGCAAUACGUCCGCGGUUUGUGUUGGGUGCUCAAGUAUUAUUAUCAAGGCUGUGCAUCGUGGAAUUGGUAUUUCCCGUAUCAUUACGCUCCAUUCGCUUCUGAUUUCAUACACAUUGCCGGCUUAUCCACACAAUUUGAGAAAAAUACAAAACCAUUCAAUCCGCUGGAGCAAUUGAUGGGCGUUUUUCCAGCAGCGAGCAGCGUUCAUGUGCCAAGGCCAUGGGCUACACUAAUGUCAGAUCCCGAAUCAACAAUCAUCGACUUUUAUCCAGAAGACUUUAAGAUUGAUUUGAAUGGCAAGAAAUUUGCAUGGCAAGGUGUUGCUUUACUGCCUUUUGUCGACGAAAAAAGAUUAAUCAAAGCGCUUGAACCGUAUUAUAAACUACUGACUCCUGAAGAAGUGAAACGUAAUCAGAGAGGUGAAGACCGAUUGUAUGUGGGUCCAGCCAACAAGGGAUAUUCACAAAUAACUACAUUGUAUAAAAAGAAAACUGAUCCGAAAAAAGAGACGACCAUUUGUAUUGAUGGCGUGCAGGGAAUGGUUUUGCUAUCUGAGGAGAAUGUGUCGAUAGAAGAUACAUUGGAGUCGCCUAUUUAUGGCCUUGACGAUGUUUACAACAAUAAAGUUGUAACGAUAUGUUUCCGUGAUCCAAAGUAUGCCGACGGAUUCAUCUUUGAAGCAAAAAAACUACCAGGUGCGAUUGAUCCGCCGAAUGUACUCGCACCAGAGAGUAGACCAUCAAAUUAUCGUCCACAAAUUGGUUUCAAUCGUAACUUUCCACAAGCAUCACUCGGUGAUGCUGGCCAUCGUAUGGUCAAUCACUAUUCAGGUGGCUACAAACAACAGCAACAGCACAACAAUGACAACAGAAACUUUGCCACGAUUGCGCCACCAAACAGCUACAAUAGACACAAUGACAGUGGUGGUUACAAUCCACAAAGGGGCCACGGCAACAACAGUAAUUAUCAACAGAAUCGCCAGGGAGGCUAUCAGAACAAUUUCAACAAUUACUCGAAUCAGGGUAACAAUCAACCAUACCAUCGGCAAAAUCAGCAAGGAAACUUCCAGCAACAGAAUCGCAACAAUCGAUUCCAGCCGUAUCAACAACGGCCCAACAAUAAUUAUGGGCAAGGUGGAAAUAAUGGCGGUGGAUUCAAUCGAAAUCAGCAAGGUAACCGUGGCGGUGGCGGUGGCAGCGGCGGCAACAACAACAGUGGAGGUGGCUACUGGCGUUAGAUACAAAUUUUUUACUCUUUUUUUCUUUUGGAAAUUGUAAAAAUGCAAUUGUGUUUAUCAACUAUCAAUGUGAAUAUCUUUAAUAAACAAUGCAACAAUUUCAUCACAAGAUAUUAGAAUUUCCCGGA